AUGGCCGAACAGGCUGCUGCGGUGCAGAGAAAUGAAGCCAGCUCUCAAGUUGCGACUCAUUCGACGGGUUCGGGCCCCACAUUCAAGCUUGACGAGGCCGAAAUUCUCGCAAGAGGUGACAACCGCGUGAGUCGGGAGCUGCUUGAGUCAUGGUUUACUGGCCCCCAGUCUAUCAACAAGUGCAAUGAUCCUCCCAUUCAAUACACCGUGCUGAGACUUCGUCUAGCCGGAGUAAUUGGCCACGCGGGGAGCGCAUUGGUGAAUAUUCUUCCCAACACACGGGUCAGCGCGUCAGAUGGUCGAGCAAUUAUCACUCCAAAAUCCAACGAACGUGAUGAAAUUGCAGCAAUUAAAGACGCGAAUGUCGGCCAUCACGCCACGUGCAACGACCCCUGA